AUGAAAAAAAUACAUUUUCGUGUCUUGGUAAUCGAAGGAUCAAAAUCAAGCAUGGCUCAAGCCACUUUUGUAUUACUUCUCCUCAGUUUUUCCAUCAUAUUCCUUUCUAAUGCAGCCGACAUAAACAUAGACUGUGGAUCAUCAAGCUCGCACAUUGACGCGGACAACAGAACGUGGGUGGGAGACACAGACUUUGUAACCACCGGUUCCACGUCCACGUUUAAACCAUUAGUCAAAACCGAUGAAUCUCUAACCACACUCCGGUAUUUUCCCACGGGGGAUACCAACUGUUACACCAACAUUCCGGUCGAUAAAGGUGGGAAAGUGUUGGUUAGGACGAGAUUCAACUACGGGGACUACGACGGAGAGGGCACGGCUCCAAAGUUCGAUGUGGUUUACGAUGGAAAACAUCGAGAUUCGGUCGUGACGACGACAACGAUCAGUGGAACUCGGUCGGAAGCGAUAUUUAUACCGGAGAGCGGGAAUACAAGUGUUUGCUUUUUCCGCACGUUUUUGAAUGAAUACCCUUUUGUGUCCACCAUUGAAGUACGGAGGUUGGAUGACUCCAUGUACACCGAUCUUGGUCCCAAGGAAGGUUUCAUUCUCCAGAAACGUGUCGCCUACGGUAGGGAGAAGGAGUUUGUAAGGUCCCCAUUUGACCGUUAUGAUAGAAUUUGGGCGGCAACACCGCUUUCGACCGGAACACUAACAAGUGCUGCCACUUCUAUCAACACAACUGGUGCUGAUAAUCGACCACCCGAGAUUGUCCUUCGUACCUCUUGGUCGAAGAAGGACAUGGCUUUCUAUGAUAUAACCCUACCUUUUUCCGGAGUAGCAUUCUACAUUGCCCUUUAUUUCUCGGAACCACUAAGUCUUGCUUCCGACCAAAAGCGGUCUUUCUACGUUUACUAUGAGAACAAGCAAGUGGGUCCAACUAUGAUUGUGCCACCUUUCGGGGCAGUGACGCAAGCUGUUCUGAGGGGUGUGGUAGCGACUAAGCUUCCCUAUCUAACAUUUAAAGCUACACCAGACUCUAAUUUAAACCCACUCAUCAACGCUCUCGAGCUUUAUGUCAUUAGCAAUAGUGGUGGAAACGGGACGAAUUCAACAAGCUCCGGCGGUGGAGGCAGCCCUAGCACUGGCGGUGGUGGCUCAGGCUCAGGUGGUGGUGGUGGUGGCUCAGGCUCCGGUGGUGGUGGUGGAGGCAAAUCGGGAGGAAGCAGUAAUGGAGAUGGAGAAACCACGAAAACCAGUGAAGACGGAAAAUCUGCAGAUUCUUCAGAGAAGUCCGGAGAGGAGAAAAGCAGCAACUUAGGUUUACCUCUUGGUAUAUCAAUCCCGUCUUUUGCUUUUCUUGGAGCUGGUGGUUGGGCCGCCUGGAAGUUUUUCUUCAAACCCAAGCGCAAUCGUGAAUCAGAAAGGCCACUCACCCAGAAUAAUUUUAUUCAUAUUGGAGAUAGUCAAACGGUUGUAGCAGGUCAAGUAUUUAACCCAACACAGAAACAGACACAGACACAGAGUCCUUGA